CAUACAGUUCAGUUAAUUUACGUGCUCCGAGGUAAUCAUGACUGCAGAAAACAUGGAUAGCGACAAGGAUAAAAAUGGGAGCGGGCUAAUCGAAGAGGAUGCAAGCAGGCAACGCAAUAUCCUAAGCACUAUAAUAGAGCUGAACGCGGAGAAACGCCAGAAGGCCAUUCCCUGGUACUAUGCGCCCACCUAUUUACUCUUCUGGCUGGCGCUCUUCUUUGCUGUCGUAGUGCCGCUUUUUAAUUAUUUGCCAACUGCCGUGAGAGAGUCCGAGGAGUCGACUAAGCCUGGUGAGUUUGUUGCGGAGCGAGCGCAAAAACUGUUGCUGGUGCUGGAUCGCAUGGGACCUAAGAUAGUGGGUGAUGAAAUGAAUGAGAAAACUAUGGUGGAUUGGAUGCUAAGAGAAGUGGAUAAGGUGCGUCAGGUAAUGCGCGAAGAUCUCUAUGAGAUUGAAGUUGAUGUGCAGCGCGCCUCAGGUGCCUAUCUACAUUGGGAGAUGAUCAACAUGUACCAGGCAGUGCAGAAUGUGGUGGUCAAGGUCAGCACAAAGAGCUCCAACAGCAGCAACUAUUUGUUAAUCAACAGUCACACCGACACCAAGCCAGGCAGCGUGGGCACUGGUGAUGCUGCCUUCAUGGUGGUAGUAAUGCUGGAGGUCAUGCGUCAAUUGGUCAUCUCGGAGAAGACAUUCGAGCAUCCAGUUGUGUUCUUAUUUAAUGGCGCCGAGGAGCAGCCGCUGCAAGGAUCCCAUGCAUUUAUUUCGCAGCACAAGUGGUCAGCAAAUUGCCGCGCUCUCAUCAAUCUGGACUCUGCUGGUGCCGGCGGACGUGAGAUACUCUUUCAAGGCGGUCCCAAUCAUCCUUGGUUAAUGCGUCAUUAUAGAGAGAGCGCCAAGCAUCCGUUUGCUACAACAAUGGCUGAGGAGAUAUUCCAGGCUGGCCUUAUACCCUCCGACACGGACUUUAGAAUCUUUCGCGACUUUGGACCAGUGCCUGGCCUGGACAUGGCUGGUGCAUACAAUGGCUAUGUGUAUCACACCAAGUACGAUCGCUUCGAUGUCAUCUCACGCGAUUCGCUGCAGAAUACUGGAGAGAAUCUGCUCUCUUUGGUGCGCGGCAUUGGCAACGCGCCAGAGAUGUAUAACACUGAGGCACACUCCGAGGGUCACUCAGUGUUUUUCGAUUUUCUGGGCUUGUUCUUUGUGUACUACGUGCAGUCCACAGGCGUGGCAUUGAACAUUUGCUUCUCCAUUGCUGGCUUGGUGCUGGUGUGUGUAUCGCUUUGGCGCAUGAGCAAGGUGACUGGCCUGAGUCCUGGUGCAGUAACUGGCUCAUUUGGCAUAAUGUUUGUGAUGGAGCUCGCUGGUUUUGUGCUGGCCUUGGGUCUGCCGCUAUUAAUGGCAGUGUUCUACGAUGCGGGCGAUCGCACCCUGACCUACUUCUCCAACAGCUGGCUGGUGAUAGGACUAUUCAUAAUUCCAUCGCUCAUUGGCCUAAUGCUGCCCGUGACUCUAUACUAUACGCUGCAGACAAAUCACAAGCUACCUCAUGGCUAUAAUUUACAACUGGCUGGACAUGCGCACUGUGUGCUCUUGGCCUUGUUAUGCAUUAUUCUAACAGCUGUGGGCAUACGCACCUCCUAUUUGUUUCUGAUCUCUCUGCUGUUCUAUGUGGGCGCUUUGGCUAUUAAUCUGCUGUGCAAGCUACACGAUCGUGGCUUCCUUUGGUCCAUAUUGUUUUGCAUUUGCCAGCUGCUGCCCUUCCUUUAUUUCUCCUAUCUAUUCCACUCAUUUCUGGUUAUAACCAUACCCAUGACGGCACGCAAGGGCACUGAGGUUAAUCCAGAUUUGUUAAUAUCCAUUCUAUGUGCCUUGGGCACUAUAUUGGCUAUGGGCUUUUUGGCGCCGCUCAUCAACCUGUUCCGUCGUCCUAAAUCAAUUAUUGUUGGUCUAGCGCUUAUAAUGUUUACAUUCUGCAUGAUAUCGGUAUCUGAUGUAGGCUUUCCCUAUCGCCCCAAGACGAGUGUUAUGCGAGUAAAUUUCUUGCAAGUGCAGCGCACUUUCUAUGAGUACGACGGCUCCAUAAGCUUGGACGACUCUGGCUACUACUUUGAUCUGCAGGACAGACGCCUGGAGCAGCCGCUGGCUGAAACCAUGGACAUAAGUGGCAUUGUACACUUGGAAAAAGAAUGCGAAACGCAAAUGAUGUGUGGUGUGCCUUGCUUCAAUCAUCGCUGGUGUGAGGCACGCAAAGCGGCACGCUGGCUGCCACGUGCGCAACGCGUUGAAAUUCCCGGAAGCACCGAGUUGGAGCUGCUGAAUAAAACGAUUUCAGCGGAUGGCUAUAGAGUCGUCUAUAAUUUCAAGUUAACGGGUCCGGGGCGCAUGAGUUUGUUCAUUAAGCCCCUGUCCGGUGUCAAAAUGGUGGAUUGGUCUUUCCUGCGCGGCAUGUUGGACAAACCUUUCACAUACAAGCCGCCCUACCAUAUCUUCUUUGCCUGGGCUGCGGAUGAUGCGCCUAUUGAAUUUUACUUAGAGCUAACGAAGUUUGAUGGCAAGUUUAAUGAGCCAGUUUUUGAAAUUGGCAUCUCUGGACAUUAUUUGAGCCAACUGCAUAAGCGCGAUGCAUUGAGCCAACAAUUUAUUAAAGACUUGCCAGACUUUGUGCAUGCCAUGGAGUGGCCCGCAUCCUAUGCGCGCUAUGUAUAUUAAAAGAUUUCCUCUCGAUUUACGUGGCAAGCAACUGCUAAGACAUGGGUGCCCCCCUAGAUGAUAUUUAUUUAAGUCAACAUUCUUGAAAAUUAUAAUUACUUCGAU